AUGGUCGGAAAAUACAGAGAGCUUACAGAACUCCUCUUAAACCAGGAGAAAGAAUCUUCUUGCCCAUCUUCAUCUUCUUGCAGUUUCAUAACCCAGACUUCGAAUAAUCCGCGCAUAUCCUGGGUGUUCAAUGCAAGAGAAUCGCCUGAGACCGAUAGAGUAGAAUUUGGACUUACAGACCCGAUUCUCGAAUUUGGACAUUUGAUCAGGCCAAAGGAUUCAGUGCAGAACUCAAACGAGGCUAAGCUUAUACCAACGGUUGGUCCUGAGUUUAUAAAGUUCAGGCGUGCCUUCGUCUUCGUGGGAGAAGUGCCUGAACCUGAUGACCUCGCAAUCCCCCCAUUCAAAUUCCAAUUCCAAUGGGGAAGUUGCAGGCGUUCCUGA